AUGGAAGUUAGUUCUGACAAUAUUUGGCAAAUGACAGAAUUGGUGGCUCGAACUGGCCGCCAACUGCAACGUUAUGAAGCCGGUUGUCGGCUUGUCGCCGGGUGUAUUCCUUUUAAGUAUAGAAAUUCCAUAGAAAAUGAGGAUGGCAAAUCUGAGAAGGUUGUUGAGGUUCUCAUGAUCAAUGCAAACAGUGGGCCUGGUCUUCUCUUCCCAAAGGGUGGUUGGGAAAAUGAUGAAACCGUUGAAGAGGCAGCAGCACGUGAAGCUCUAGAAGAAGCUGGAGUACGUGGUGAUUUACUGCAUUUUCUGGGACAUUAUGAAUUCAAAAGCAAAACCCUCCAAGACGAGUAUAGUUCAGAAGGUCUGUGUAAAGCGUCCAUGUUUGCGUUGCUUGUGAAAGAGGAGCUCCAAUCUUGGCCAGAACAGAGCACUAGACAGAGAAGUUGGCUAACGAUUCCUGAAGCUGGAAAGUGCUGCCGGUAUAAAUGGAUGAAGGAUGCUCUCGAGGAAGGUUUCACAAAAUGGCAUGAUUAUCAAAUGAUAAGCAGAUCAAAGAAAGCCAAUGAUGUAAAUUUGUCUGUUUCAUCUCCGGAAGAGCAUUGA